AUGGAUACUCACCGUGUUGUCCUGCCGUCGGCGCACGGCCAUGCAACGGCGGGGAAGACGAAGAUUCGUGCCGCGCCAACACCGAGUUUGCCGGACUCCGCAGAGGGUCGCGAUCGCUCGGGUAGCCUCGAAGUACGGCAGCCCCCUGCGAAACGCGCACGUAAAGCUGUCAAUUGUGAGCCAUGCAGGAACAGCAAGCUCAAAUGCGAUAGGAAUCGACCCUGUUCCUCAUGCGUUCUUCGAGGAACCACCGCACAAUGCUAUCAAGGCCAAGACAGUGUAUCUCCGCGCCCGGAAAGCGUACCUCGUAAUCCCAUUGAUGCACUGGGUGAAAUAUCUCGGAUUCGCCAAUCGCUUAAUGUCCUCGAGUCUCACAUCAAAGAGGGUGGGAAUCCCUCGGGUGCAACAUCGUCGGCUUCCCUCAAUAACACAUUGUCCUAUACGAAUCGAAGUAAUGACGCCUCUGUUGGACCCUAUCGGGGUGAUCCCACGCCCGGAAAGCUAUGCCGUCCGGGUACAAGAGGCUUGUACACAGGUCCAACUUCGGCAGCGGCAAACAUGGUCACAGACACAGAUAAGGAUGACUCGGAUUCAUCAGAGCCGCCUGCCUGCUCGUCGGGAAGAAGCUAUGCGCAACAUGCCCCUAGUUCAACCGUUUACGAUGAAGACCUCGUGUCACAGCUCCCCUCAGUGGACACGGUUGACCAACUCAUCGCGUACUAUUUUGAGUACUGCAAUUGGAUGUAUCAUCACGUCAACCAGCCUGCAUUCCUUGCGGACUGGGCCCGCUUCAAGUCAGGCGAAGACAGGAGCCGCGUCAUUCUAGGAACAGUUUGCAUUAUCAUAGCAAUCACAAUUCGCUACUUGUCGGUUGGUCAUCCCAUCAUCGCAGACAUGCCUGCCGCACCAGAGGUGCUCUCGACCCGCUACUACGGUGUAAUGCUCAAAGUCCUCAAACGCCACCGCGAGGACGCGGAGAGCAUCACACGCACAUACACGAUGGCGCUCGUAGAACUGCUACUCGCCCAAGCGCAUUACCUGACCUUCGCCAAAGAAGACCCUGAGGACGUCUGGGCUCUGAGUGGGGAACUCGUCAGCAUCGGCACGGCAAUGGGCCUGCACUGUGACCCUAGUAAGACACGAUACGAGCUUAGCGUUGCAGAGCGGCGGCGCUGGGCAUGGUGGCAUAUUAUGACAUUCGAGCGCUGGCAGGCGUUCAUGUUCGGCCGUCCGCUGCAUAUCGCACCACACCAUUUCGAUACACAGUUGCCUACAUACUGUGAUCCAGCGCUUGACAAGUCUGGACGGCUCUACCUCCCCAACCUAGCGUUAUUUCGCCUUGGAUAUAUCCUGGGCGACAUCAUGGACGACGCGGUCUCCUUCCGCGUCGUAUCUUAUUCCACAAUACAAGAGAAGGACAUGCUUCUCGAAAACUGGUACAACUCGCUGCCCACUGAGCUGCACCUCGAUCACUGUACGCUUGCCCGUUGCUUGGCGAGUACGGAGAUCGGUCUGCGACGAAUCGCGGUGCAGAGCGUGAUCCUGUCCUGUGCUUUCUAUCAUAUCCGUUUCAUGCUGCACAGACCUUACGUGAAGAUCGCCCCCAGCCUGGAGACGGCUGUCAGUGCCGCCUCGGAGCUCAUCACUCUAUUCUCACAGGCGUUCACUGCAGAAAAAAUACCUGGUCACUUCAACUGGGGAGCCUUCCACGUCUUCUCAGCAUCCAUGUUUUUUUCUUUCCAACUUAUUACGAACCCAAACCACCCGGGCACAGGUCACUAUCGCGAGCAGAUCCGGAAGGCCGUUUAUUUGCUCGACCGUAACAGAGCCCUCCCGGUCGCGGAGAAGGCGCUCACGAUUCUGGAGACAUUGGAACCUCUGUACUCCGACGAGUGGGUUGCAUUAUCUGCGGAGGAACGCUCGCGGAAGAAGGUGCAGGUGCUCAAGGCUGUAAAGGCGCUUGCUUUUCCCUACCAAGACCCCCCUUACGCCCGUAAUGCUGCUUCUCCUAGUUAUAGACCAUUCACCCCAGAUGCGGUCCCGAUGAUCCCUCAGUCUAACGAUACGGAAUCUGGGGGGUCGAGCACUAUAUCCUGGGCACCUCAUCCUGGGCACUCUAUAGUAUCACCAACCAUGCGCACUCUACUGCCGUCACACGCGUUUCAUCACGCUCAGAUGCACCACCAAUCUACCGAGGGGACGGAUUCAAGCUCUCAGCACUCAAGAUCCAUGCAUUCGCGGGUCUCUACCGAUAGUCCUCAUUCUGAAGCAUCACUGCAGGCGAUUCGAGGCCAACGUCUCGGUAAUACGUUGCCUCCACUGUCUCAUUUCCCGUCCACCACGGCAUCAUAUGGAAUGCGACAAUCAUCCGUGAUGCAGCGGCCGCUUUCGCACCAUGCCCAAAGCGUCGAAGGGAACGGUGUAGCUAUGCACCCUGCUGACGAGAGUUCCAUGUGGGGCGCCUCCGUCGGCUUCGGUCUGGGCGAAUGGGCACGGUUCCUCGACGUCGUGCAGCGCCCCGAGUGUUCAAGUAAUGAGAUGGAGAAUUUGUCUUGA